GAGGAAGUUUGACAUGUCGGACUGAUCAUGAGAAAAACCACACGCUAACUGGGAAAACAGGUUUUGUGAGGUUAGGUAGACAACUUUGCGAUAGGUACUACAGAUCCAGCUGUCUUGCCGAGUAGGUUUGUCCACUAACACUGAAUUUCCAAGGUUUCAGGCACAAUGGCGAACUUUCCAAAGCUAAUAUCUCUGUUUUUCUGGGUUUACGCAUUUAACUUCGUCACUUCUCAAAUGGACAGUCACGUAGACCCUUCCGCAUGGCCCUUCGACAACCCAAACACGUUCGGAACGGCUCAGGAAAGGGAAGAGGGGACUAAAGAGAGUCUGCUUCAGAAGGCCAAGUGGACUUACUCCACUACAAGGGACAGAAAAGUUGCCGUAUUUGACGACAUCUUGUCGUUCAAAACGACAGUGGCAAUAUCCAACUACGUACACACCGUGGGGGCAUGGAGGUUUCAAAAUUUUGACCCACAUGAAGGUAACUACACGGGCCAGAAGGGCAACAACAUGCAGUGGGAGGCGACCUUUGACCCAGAGGUGUUUAGUUCCUCCAGGACUGGACAGAGCCUGACCCAGCUGGUGACUGAGAUGAGUGGAGGCACACAGGGCUACAAACUGUACUCUGUCACAGCUAAUGUUGUCAGGAGGCUGGAUCUGAUCAGGAUGUACCACAAUGCAGAAGAGUCUGAGAAGGAGUUCUCAGCAAGUAUCUACCUGAAUGAAGUGUGGAGGAAGAACGACUAUGGAGAGCUGUACUUCUAUGAUGAUGAUGAAGAGAUUUUUGCUGCUGUAAAACCGAGGUUUGGGAGAACAGUGGUCUGGGACAGCUCUAUUGAUUACCUGUCCAGACCUCCUAGUAUCAACUUCAAACAGGGACAAAUCAUUCUCAACAUGGCAUUCACCACAAACUCCACCAAGGCUGAGAACUACAAGAAGAUGUAUGACUCUGUGGUGGCGGAGAGAGAGGCUGCCAGGAAGGCACCGUUUGUGACAACAGAAAAGCCAGGCAUACCAAACAUGGACGUACAGAAACACAUCAUUCAGGAGUUCUAUGACUCCAAUGAUAUGAAGGGUGUUGUGCUGGAUAAUCUGUUUGAUGAAGAAGACCUCAGUGCCUUGCGAACAUUCACCAUUAAGUAUGGUCAGUACUUCUUUGAUGACAGCAUAGAUCUUGAUAGCGACAAUGUGCAGUGGAUAGCAGGCUUUCCUGUGGAGUCAUACGUGAAGAGUAAGAUGUGGAAUAUCACCAGUCAGGUGGUGGAACAUGUGUCAGGAAAGAAAGGCUGGUACCCAUAUGAUGUAUCCUGUAACCUGAUCCGUAAUGCUGACCAUACCCGGAUCCACGAGGACUGCAGUCCACAUGAAGAGGAGUGGACCUUCCUCCUGUACCUCAACCCCAACUGGACCCACAACUACCAUGGAGAGACGGCCUUUUUUGAGCAUAAUGAUGAUGAUACAGAAUACAUAGCAGAGGUGCUACCGAAGUUCGGCCGGGCUGUGAUAUUUCGCGGGAUAAUUCCUCACUCUGCCAGACCCCCAAGUGUGUUCUUCUCUGGUGCAAGGUACACGUUUGCUGUGAAGAUGUCUGUGAACCAGGCUACAGCCAUCAGGAAAACCUUCCAUGAGGAGGGCCGACACGUCUUGGGCAUGAGGCAGAGAUCACUCCAAAUGCUGGAGAAGUUGAAGCUUGACGACUUUGAACAGAAGUACAAGAACAUGAUCAUCAUGAUGUACCGAGAACAGAGAAUGGUUGAGAACGCUUUGGAGAAGAAACAACUUGGAUCCUUAAGCAUUGAUGACGGUGAGGAAGGUGAUGAGGAGGAGGAACUUGGUGAGGAGGAGGAACAUGGUGAGGAGGAGGAACAGGAUGAAGUGGAACAGAUGUUUGGAGGAGAAGAGAUGGAACUUGAGACAUUUGAUGAUGACGACUCAGAGGAAAACCCAGAGGAAGAACAGGACCGCAUGCUGAAUAAGCUGUUCCGCGCAGCAGGUGACAAUCCACAGAAGCUUCAGGCUGAACUGGACAAGUUCAUGGAAGACUUCGACAAAUUGAAAGGACAAGUCAGACAAGAGCUGCAGAAGUGGUUUUAACAAGAUUAACUAAAGCUUUUGACUUGAAGACCAUACAUUCCAUUCUUAAGGGUCUCUAGGGGGACAUGAAAGGAUUUAGGUCCAUUGGCAAUUGAAAAACUUUCUACAGCAAUAAAUCAUACUCCCCACCCUAUCUUUUUGUAAAUCUUUCAGGAAGAAAAAUGUUUGAUAAAACUAAAAUAGCAAGCUUUAGAAUGGAAAAAUUAUAAUUGGAAUGUUCGAACUAUGAAAAGUAUUUUUAAACAUAAUGGAUCACAUAGGGGACAAUAUGUUACUCAUUGGCCAUACAUUGUCACCAAAAAGAGAGAAAUAUAUUUUUGAACAUUAAGUAGAAUCUAGGUUGGAUUCAAUUGUGGGUUACUUUCAUAGUUUUCAAAUCAUGAAGGAACAGAUUUUUUUCUCAUUUGAGAUGAGAAGUAACCAUUCAUUAUUGAGCAUACAGGUAGCUUUCAUCAACAGGAAAA